AUGUUCAUUAAUCGUUGAUUAUUUUCUACCAACCACAAAGACAUCGGAACCCUUUACCUAUUGUUUGGGGCAUGAGCUGGGAUAGUGGGCACAGCCCUAAGUAUCCUGAUUCGAGCAGAGCUGGGACAACCUGGUGCCUUAUUAGGUGACGAUCAAAUCUAUAAUGUGAUUGUAACUGCCCAUGCAUUUGUAAUAAUUUUCUUCAUAGUAAUACCAAUAAUGAUUGGAGGCUUUGGAAACUGACUAGUACCCCUAAUGAUCGGAGCCCCCGAUAUAGCAUUCCCACGAAUAAAUAAUAUAAGCUUCUGACUUCUACCCCCCUCAUUUCUCCUGUUACUGGCAUCAUCUAUAGUAGAAGCAGGAGCAGGUACAGGUUGAACUGUAUACCCUCCAUUAGCUGGUAACUUAGCACAUGCUGGAGCAUCAGUAGAUCUUACUAUUUUUUCUCUCCAUUUAGCUGGUGUAUCCUCAAUUCUAGGAGCAAUUAACUUUAUCACAACUAUUAUUAAUAUGAAACCACCAGCUAUAACACAAUAUCAAACCCCAUUGUUCGUAUGAUCAGUCCUCAUUACAGCUGUACUCCUACUUUUAUCCCUACCAGUGCUGGCCGCAGGAAUUACUAUACUUCUAACAGACCGAAACCUAAACACAACUUUCUUUGACCCUGCUGGAGGUGGUGACCCUAUUCUAUAUCAACACCUAUUCUGAUUUUUUGGUCACCCAGAAGUCUAUAUUCUUAUUCUACCGGGGUUUGGAAUUAUUUCACAUAUCGUCACAUAUUACUCUGGUAAAAAAGAACCAUUCGGCUAUAUAGGAAUAGUAUGAGCCAUAAUAUCCAUUGGAUUUUUAGGAUUCAUUGUAUGAGCCCACCAUAUAUUCACAGUCGGAUUAGAUGUAGACACACGAGCCUAUUUCACAUCAGCCACUAUAAUUAUUGCUAUUCCAACAGGAGUUAAAGUAUUUAGCUGAUUAGCCACCCUCCACGGAGGAAAUAUUAAAUGAUCGCCAGCAAUGCUAUGAGCUCUGGGAUUUAUUUUCUUAUUCACAGUAGGUGGGCUAACAGGAAUCGUACUAUCUAACUCCUCCCUAGACAUCGUACUUCACGAUACAUAUUACGUAGUAGCACAUUUCCACUAUGUAUUAUCAAUAGGAGCCGUAUUUGCUAUUAUGGCAGGAUUCGUCCACUGAUUCCCAUUAUUCACAGGCUACACUAUCAAUGACACAUGAGCUAAAACCCAUUUUGCCAUCAUAUUUGUAGGGGUUAAUUUAACAUUUUUCCCCCAACAUUUCUUAGGCCUCUCAGGAAUACCACGACGGUACUCUGAUUACCCAGAUGCUUAUACCACAUGAAACACUGUAUCUUCAAUAGGAUCAUUUAUUUCACUAACCGCUGUAUUAGUAAUAAUCUUCAUAAUCUGAGAAGCAUUUGCCUCUAAACGCGAAGUCCUAUCAGUAGAAUACUCAUCAACAAAUUUAGAGUGACUACACGGCUGCCCUCCACCAUACCACACAUUCGAAGAACCUACCUAUGUAAAAGUUAAAUAA